AGAAUAAUGAGAUCCUCAAUUUCCAGCCCCAUUCUAAAACUCACCUUCUUUCCGACGCAUAAAAUAAAUUCCAUUUCACUUGUGUUAAAAUAGGAACUCUCUAUUUCUACUCUUGAGGGUGCUCUCAUGGGAUAGUACACUUUUCUUGUUUGUCUUCACAGAAUCCUUUCAAGUUGCCAGUGGGAUUGACCAUGGCGUUGCCGUCCACCAUCACAAAACUCAACCACACUAUUCUUACCCCUUCCAACCUCCUCCACUCCAACGUUGACCCCAAAACCGUAACAUUCCAAGCAUGUAAUCAACAGGAACGUCUUUACCACUCAAUGGUCGACGGCGUCGGACACAACUUCUUCUACGUCUAUGAAGCACUCUUCACAAAACUAAGGCUACGCUUACCUUUCACCCCUUUUCAAGUUGCUAUUCUCAAGAAGAUCAAUGCAGCACCCACACAACUCCAUCCUCACGCUUGGAUAUUCGUCAGAAGCUUCGAGCUUCUCUGUCAAUCUCACGGUAUGGAUCCUAUCGUCUCCGUUUUCUUCUACUUUUUUGAGGUGAAGAUAAGGAAUAGAGAAUGGGUUCACGUUGUCAAGCGCGGGCGUCGUCCAAGAAUCCUUGAGUUAGGUCAGUGGCACAUCGGCGAUAUCUUCAGAAGCCGUUUCUUCCGGGUUGAGGGAAGCAAAAUUGAGGGUUCAGUUCCCUUCUUCCUCGAUGAGAACACCGGCAAGGAGAUCUUCCCUCUGCAUUGGCAACAGCACCUUAAAUCUCCAAGUUCCCCCAAAUAUUUGAGACCCUCCGAGGCGAAAUUGGUAAAACAACUCUCUCUGCUCAAAUCGCCUAAGAUGUGUGGUGCUAUGAUUAGAAGUACUGUUGCCACACCCCGUAGCCCUGAGCCAAGAUUAGAUAACUAUUCAGUGCAAGCGGGGCAUGAUGAAUGCAUAGAUGAAGAAGAAGAAAACAAGGAGUGCCUUGAGGAUGACGAAGAAGAAGAGGAAGAGGUGGAGGAAGAAAAGGAAGAAGAAGAAGAAGAUCAAGUAUCGUCUUCUAGAAAGAUGAAACUGAAGAGGGAAGCGCUAUUCGAACCCGGUGCCGAUAGGGACGUGGAAAAGAAGAAGCAAAAGGUUUCGGUGGAAAGCAGUGGUGCUUCUCCGCGCCGGGAAAGGAGUAUAGAGCAAGUGUUGAUGGAGAGCGAGGAGGAGAACAAAAGAGAGGGAUUGCGUAGUUUUCAAGGCAAGGGAGCAGUUGCUUCACUGUGGGAUGAUCGAUUCAAUUUCGACGGUCAUCUGCGCCAACACUUAUUCUUUUACAGCGACCAGGACCAGCUCCGCCGCGCCGGUGACUCCUCCGUUGCGCAGUUUGUGAAGGCCAACGCCUUCCGGAUCGCGACAGCGGCUGAUUUCAUGGAAUCAGAGAUUGAAAAGAGUCGCAAUGAGGUGCAUCGUCUCUUAUUGGAGCUGGCGGAGGAGAAGAAUGCAAGACUUAGAGCAGAGGAGCAGUUGCAGGAAGCAAAGGCUGCUCGCGAGAAGGCGGAGAGGGAGCUUGUAAGAUCAAAGAAAGAUGCUGAUUGCACAGAAGCAUUUCUUCUUCAGAAAUGGAACAAAUCGAUGAAGGUAUCGUUUCAGAACGCUGUUGAUCAAGUUCGGUACUUUUUCCCAGAUCUGAAUCUCGAUUCUGUUGAGUUGGAUCAUCGCAAAGUUGUAAAGGAAGGUCAAUUGGUGGAACCUCACUCAGCAUAACCAUGAAUGAAUGAAUGUUAGAACUUUUCUUUGUCUUGUUUAUUAUGCUAAUGCUAAUUUUGUGCACUUGUUACUGCUAUGUAUCUAUGUUGGUGUAUUUUAAGAACUAAGAAAGACAAUGUUAGAGCUUCUCAUAAGGUAAAUAGCUUUUGCAAUCCC